AUGGAAUUGUACAUAAGUAGAGUCACUGCAUUUGGCCUUGUAUAUUUUAUAACAGUCCCUCUGAGAAUAAAGUUAAAAAGCAUACUGCAUCUGUACGAAGAGGAGCUACAAGCGAUGGAUGAUUUCGAUGAAAUUGUCAACUUCCUCACCCAUUUACCGCAGUCAGUGGAUAUCAAUCGGCUUUUCGACUCUAUUGAAUUGCUCGCAAAAUGCUGCUCUUCCUCUUGUGUUGAGAACGGCAAGCACCGCUCUUUCCAACAGGUGUUUUUUUUUUUUUCGGGUACAUUAAUUAGCUGUAUCGUGGCGCACCUUUACAUUAUGAACAUAAUUCGUAGUUUUCCCGAAAUUGCUGGACCGAGGAUUUCACAUUCUCUACUAAUUUUGCUGCAUGUUUCUCCGUGUGCUUCUUUGAUUUGUGGAGUAGUAUUACAGAAAGCAUCUCACUUUCUCCAAAUAAUUAUCGUAUGUUGUUCUAGCUUAUCUGUUCGUGUUACACAUACGCUUGUCCAUCACGGCCGUAACAUGUGAGU